UACCCCCCCCUCAUUAAAGCUUCCAUGGCCAUUUAAUGGGUAAUGAGCCUCGACCAAAAUGGGUGGAGAGAUAAAUUUCAUCGAAACAGAAACAUGCUUGCGAACGGGCACCGGUAUGCAAUGUGAAGCGCUGGAGCAACGCAGCAAAGCGACUGGAAGCAACCGGAAUGGGAAAAAGGUUUUCUCGCAACAACAAUUGAGAGCGAAUGCCUUGCUGUCUUCUUCUGGUUAUCUAAAGGAUAAAACGGGAAUCUCACUAAUCACCGAAAAUAUGGCAUCCAUUACAGCUUCCUCUGCCCUCGUCAAUGUUGUUGACGGCGCAGAACUUUGUCUGGUUAGACUCCUCGACGAAUCCGCGGCGCCAGGAUCCAUCCGUCCAACUUUUGUCCAAGACUGUGAAGCCUGUAUCGCACACAGCGAUGCGUCGCAACUGCUCAAGACGAUUGUAUCCGACCAAGGCGCCAUUGCUGCCCUUGUAUCGCUCGACGAAGAGGCCAUCUCGGCAAUCUCCCUUCUCGCGGCUUGUUUAGACAGAGUCGAAGACAGCAGCGCUGUGAUCUUGAACAAUCUUGCCGAUUCGAUCAUUGCGAUCAGUACUGCAACUGGUGCAAGCUCGAAGGCAAUCUCUUUGUUGGCGACUUUGUAUAAUAUGAGAUCGGAUCCGACCGAAAAGGUUGGACUGUUGGUCAAAAUGAUUAGACUAGCAGUUGAGUCCGGAGAUGUUUUGGAGUCCGAAAACUCGGUCUUGGGCAAAUGGAUGGACCCUGCUCAAGUCGAAACAAUGCUGAACGAAUGGAAUGUAGAACCAACCGGUCGCCGUGAAUUGUACCAGGUUGCCGCCCAAUCUUCCCAGAAGUCUCCCGCUGCCACACAGCAAUUUACCCUGUUGGUAGUAGAAACCUACUCCAAAUCGGAUGUCGAUGCCGCCGGAUUGGAAGCAGCUAAGCAAGCAGCCAUUGGAGCUAUUCGUGAUCCCGUGACCUUGUUUGCUCAACAACGAAAGAUCCUUUCUCUACCUGCUAUACAGGCAUUAGAAAAAAGCGAUGGUAGGUUUUGCUUCGAUUAGUCUUGAAAGCUUGUUGUUCAUGCUGCAUUCCUUUUUGUUUAUUGACUGGGAGAUGAAAUUCCCUUAGCCAUCUAUUGUGUUCUUGAUUAUUCAAAUCGCUCCCGACGGUUUCUAACGCUUUUGCCUUUUCGUUAUGAUAUUCUUUGCAGCACCAUUGUUUGCUCUGUUGAAGGUCCUCCAAGAGGGGAAAUUAGAAGAUUAUAAUUCGUAUAUCAAGUCGAAUGGUGGCGAUUCCGUCCUUGCCCAGUGGCAGUUAUCGGCCGAGGAUUGUUCUCGAAACAUGCGCAUUUUGAGCCUCUGUAGUCUUGCUGCCGACCACGAGGAAAUUCCCUACUCCGUCGUUGCAGAAACGCUGCAGGCCGAUGCCGGAGAUGUCGAAAAGUGGGUGAUUGCCGCCGUUUCCUCCGGUCUCUUGUCAGCCAAAAUGGAUCAAUUGCAACAAAAGGUUAUGGUAGAACGCAGUGUUGUGAGGAAAUUCGAUAUGGAUCAGUGGAAGGCACUCCAGUCGCGGCUUCAUCUAUGGAAGCAAAACGUCGGUGGAAUUCUUGAGGCUUAUAAGCAAAGCCUGAAUAAGUAAGGUGGGCCAGUUGUACAAUAGUGUAAUAAGCACAAUCGCAAAACAACUUAGAUAUAAACUUAAUAUUAACAA